AUGGCGACCGCAAUCCCCUCGAUCGCCUGCCUCGGGGUGAUUGGCCGAAAUAACAAUCCCCUCCACACCUCGAUCUUCCCAUCUUACGACCCCUCGACCAACACCUUCCGCCCAGUCCGCACCCCGCUGCAAUUCUCACUCAUCCUCUCUAGCACUCUGGACGUAUUUGAGCUCCGCGCCCGCCAGAACGCGGCCGCGGGCGUCGGGCUGACAGGCGACUUUGGGCUGCUGCACGCCAUCGACGACCGCCUGGCCGCCUACGGUUUUGAGACUAACACAGGCACGCGCUUCGUUGUGGUCGUCGACAUGCGCGGGCGAAGGAUCGACAGCGCCGUCGCCGCAGGGCUGGUCGAAGGCGGCGGCAAGGACAAGCGGCUGCUCGCCAGCACCGCCGCCGCCGGACUAAGAGAGGGCGAGAUGCGCCCCGUUUUCAAGGCCAUGCACGCCGCCUACAUCCGCCUGACGCAGAACCCUUUUUACGAGCCCGACGAGCACUCGCCGCCCGCCGGCCACGGCGGCAAGAAGAUUACGAGCAGGAAGUUUGCCGAGGACAUGCGUCGGAUCGGGGAGAACUGGACGCCGGGGGUCACGAACCUCUGA